GCACGCGUCGCCGCCGCCGCCGCUCUCGCGAGACGUGUGGGGCAGGCGGCAUCAUGGCGGCGGAGCGGGGCUCGGCCGAGGAGCGGGAGCAGGGGCAGGGCCUCAUCCCCGGCUUCAGCAACGUGGACACCUUCGUCAAGCAUGCUUUGGGGACAGUGGUAGCAGCCACUAAAGCUUCCAAUGGACUUCCACAAUUUGGUGACGAAUUUGAUUUUUACCGGAGUUUCCCUGGGUUUCAGUCAUUCUGUGAUGCGCAAGCUGAUCGACUCCUUAGUUGCAUGAGCCAGCUUAUGCAGUUCCACAACUGUAGGAGUAACAUCCGAGGACAAAACAAGGCGACAGAACUUGAAGACAAAUUUGACUUGUUGGUGGAUGCGAACGAUGUCAUCCUGGAACGAGUGGGGAUUUUGCUGGAUGAAGCUUCAGGUGUGAACAAGAAUCAGCAGCCAGUUCUUCCAGCAGGACUUCAGCCUCCAAAAACCAUUGUCUCAAGCUGGAAUCGAAGGAAUACGGAAACUAAAAGAUCAAAAUCUGAAACAUUCCGCUUGUUUCAUGCUAAAAACAUCCCACGGCCUCAGAUGAAAUUCAAGGACAAAAUCGACAACUCCAAUACACCUUUUGUACCGAAAUUAUUCAUCAAACCCAAUGCCCUGAAACCUCUCCCAGCAGUCCUUUCAAAUAGACGGAGUCGCCAGGAAAGGCCAGAGGAUCUUGAUGUGCCAGCAGCAUUGGCUGACUUCAUCCAUCAGCAGAGGACACAGCAAAAUGAGCAGAGCAUAAGUUCACAUCCUUAUCAGUAUGAGCUUAAUCACUUUGAGCCAGCAGAGGCUCUACUUGUCAAACGGGAGCCACAGAUGUACAAACCUUUGUCAGAGACCAACUUUCAGAUAAUCACAACCUUUGAAGAACUGGUGGAAAUGAAUGAAAAGCUUUUAAAGUGCAAAGAGCUUGCUGUAGAUUUGGAGCAUCAUUCAUACAGGAGUUUCCUGGGAUUAGCUUGCUUAAUGCAGAUAUCAACGAGGGAAGAAGAUUUUGUCAUUGAUACACUUGAACUACGCAGUGAAAUGUACAUUCUCAAUGAAGUCUUUACUGAUCCUUCCAUUGUUAAGGUUUUCCACGGUGCCGAUUCAGACAUUGAAUGGUUACAGAGAGAUUUUGGACUCUAUAUUGUCAACAUGUUCGACACUCACCAAGCUGCUCGCACUCUCAACCUGGGCCGGCAUUCCCUGGAUUACCUGUUGAAAUAUUAUUGUGAUGUGCAGGCUGAUAAACGAUACCAGCUGGCUGACUGGAGAUUACGACCACUGCCUAAUGAAAUGUUGCGUUACGCUCAAGAAGACACUCACUAUUUGCUGUACGUUUAUGACAAGAUGAAGAAUCAGUUAUGGGAACAAGGAAAUGAACAUGGGAAUCUCAUUCAACUGGUAUGGCAAAAGAGUAAAGAUAUUUGUCUCAAGAAAUACUGCAACCCAAUUUUUACUGAAGAAUCCUACCUUGAGCUGCACAGGAAACAGAAAAAGCAGCUCAAUACGCAGCAACUUACAGCAUUAAGGCUGCUUUACGCAUGGCGGGACAAGAUUGCACGACAGGAGGACGAAAGCACAGGAUAUGUCUUGCCCAACCACAUGAUGAUCAAAAUAGCGGAGGAGCUACCAAAAGAGUCUCAGGGGAUCAUAGCUUGCUGCAACCCUGUUCCUCCACUCAUUCGUCAGCAGGUCAAUGAACUGCAUCUCCUCGUCCAACAGGGACGAGAUAUGCCUCUUCUUAAGACAGAAUCAACACCAUUGCCGCAGAAGACAUGCCCGUUAGUAAAGACAGAUAAAGCUGAGAAUGUGCUCUUUGGACCUCAUGAUAUUUCCCACCUCUCAGAUGAAGUGCAGGUUACUCAUGGCUCAGUACCACUGAUGAAAACCAGUAAAUUAUUUCCAGAUUUGAAUGACAAUGAGACCUUGUCGCUCAGUGCCACCAAAGCAAUCAUCACCAUAUUUGAUGAUAAUGUUUCGAAUAAAAAGGAAUGUGAAACAUGGACAGGAGCACAACAGAAAGCAAAAGUUAUUUUGGAAUCGUUUGAAAAUCCUUUUAAAAUGUACUUGCCUUAUGAGGAUAGUAACGCAUACAUCUCUCAAGCAGCCAAGUUUGAUCCUUCCACCAAGAUAUACGAAGUGAGUAACAGGUGGAAGUUGCUAAGCCAGGAAUGCUUACAGAAGGAAGUCAAGCAACAAGAGAAAACCCCAAAAGUGAAAGAAACUCCAAAGCCUGCAGUUGACCGACAGCAGGAAGAACAGGAUUAUGUUGCUGCAGUGCAAGAUAUCCCCUCAGUCAGACAGCAGGCUGCUAUGGCAGCAGACCAGCAAAUGGUGAAGAGGGAACAAGCAAAGCGCAGACCAGGAGGUGAAACAACACCUCCGGAAAAGAAGCGUAAACUGGGAAAUGAGAAGCCAAAAAAUCCCAAAAAUGUCAAACCAUUCGAUUAUAGCAAGACUGAUUUUAAAGUAUUUGCAGCUGGAAGCAAGUCUAAAGAAUCAACACAGUUUGAUCCAAACCUUCAAGCAGAUAUGCCUCAAACUAAGAAAACGGGAAAGAGGAAUCGUCAAUCAGCAGGAAGCAAGAGCAUGUCCUUCACAAGCAAAUCAGAAAGAGGUUUCAGGCACAGUUGGCCAUCAAGAUAGAAAAUUGUGCUUGGAAUAUGCCGAGUUGAACAAAGGCACCAUCUUUGUCGACCGUUGCUGUUUCCACGUUGAUAUUAUGUAUUCAAUUGCUUUUAAUUUCUGGGACAUCGUUGCACUAUGUGAAAAGCAUUUUACAAUAAAUCUUUUGCAAAAUUGUUAAA